AUGGUAAAAAAUAGUUAUAAUUAUAAAACUAUUCAAUAUAUAUACGCUGCUUGGGAUGUGAUUAAUCGAAACAGAAAAAAAGGAUACAAUUACUGUUGGCACAAGAAUUUUAAGGUUGCUCCAAAUGAAUUUAACAAGAAGAAAAAGUUAUAUGAAUUUUUAGAGCACUAUGAUAGUAUAAAAAUUAAAUUAAACAAUGUAGACCAUUCGGAUAAUAUAAAAUACUGUAGUUUUAUUAAAAAAAUCUUUGAGUUGUAUUUAGAUAUGGAAAAAAGCAAUACUGCACAAAUAUACAAUGACGAAAUACUGUAUUUUCGGCAAAAAAUUAAUUGUGAGCUGUCUUACUUAAAAACUAAAUGUUCGGACAUGUGCUUGCAUUUAGUUUUUCAAACAAAAGAUAAUGAUUUUUGUCAAUUCAAUGAAAAACCUAAAGAAGCACCUAAUGAAAAUGACAUUGAAGAAUUAUCAAUAUUCAAAAAAAAAUAUGAAUAUUUUAAUAAAGAUGGAGAAAUUGAUAAAUAUUGCAAUUUCUGUACUGAAAUUUUACCUCUGGAAAGGGAUUAUCCUGGAAUAAAUGAACUUUGUAAAAGAUUAGCAAGAAAUUUAAUUUAUAAACCCGCAGAAACCGCAGAGAACAACGAUGAUAUAAGAAAUAAUUGUGAAUAUUUAACUCAUUGGAUAUACGACGAGAUGAGGAAAAUUCAUAGUUCUACUUCAAAAAGUGUUGGCAACAUAACCUUUGUCCAUAAACUUCUAGACGUUGGGUAUCGUAUUAAUGAAACAUUGAAAAAAAACAUUGUUUCUUUAUUUAUUACCAUGAUUAUAGUUUUGAAGAAUUAA